CUGUUUUCAACAACAUCGAAUGAAAUUCUUGUUACCUCGGUGGACAGGAAAAAGGUGGUAACCCUUAACAGACCAAGGGCUCUAAAUGCAUUAAAUCUGUCUAUGGUACGCCAGUUUUACUCGCUGUUAAAGAAAUGGAAUAGUGAGCGGAUUGCUUCACUAGUCAUACUGAAGGGAGCUGGAGAUAAAGCGUUUUGUGCUGGCGGUGACGUUAUUGCGGUUACCAAAUCAGCAAAGGCAAAUGACCCAUCGUUAACGGUUCAUAAAGAUUUUUUUCGAGAAGAAUACCUGCUCAAUCAUCUAAUAGGAGUCUGUGAAGCGCCAUUCAUCUCUUUGCUCAAUGGUAUUACCAUGGGUGGAGGUUGUGGUGUUUCAAUACAUGGCGGAUUCAGAGUAGCCACUGAAAAGACGGUUUUAUCAAUGCCUGAAACUGCUUUGGGCCUAUUCCCUGACGUUGGAGGAUCCUACUUUCUUUCUCGUUUGAAACAUAAGUUGGGGAUCUUCCUUGCACUUACGGGAUACCGUUUGCAAGGGGCGGACGUUUACCAUUCCGGCCUAGCCACACAUUAUGUUCCUUCGCAAAUGCUGCCAGCUCUUGAGAAAGACCUUUUGCAACUUAAAGAUGAGGAAGUUAGGGCGCAAACGAUUCGUGUUAAAUUAAAGAAAUAUAAUGAAGACGACUUGCCAAAGUUUUCACUUGAGCCACACUUGGAGGAGAUUGAAGAUUUAUUUACUGCUCCAACCAUGGAAGGGAUUGUAUCAAAUCUUAAAAAAAGCAACAGUGAAUUUGCGCAAAAACAACUUCGCAUUAUUUCCAAGAUGAGUCCGACGUCUCUCAAAGUUACUCUUCGCCAACUCCUUGAAGGAGCAAAGAUAAACUUUUCUGAAGUAUUUACUAUGGAGUACAGGCUCUCUCAGCGUUUUAUGCUUGACCACGAUUUCCACGAAGGAUGUCGCGCUAUUUUAAUUGAGAAGGACCGUAAACCACUGUGGCAACCCUCGCAAUUAGAGGACGUUACUGAGGAGAUGGUCAACAAAUAUUUUGAACCUCUUCCGGAGGGUGAAGAUUUGUUAAUAAAAGCCGACACCCACAAGUGA